AAAAAAUCACUCCCUUUGAUUCAUGUUACUCGAUCUCUCUCUCGCCACCUGGCGUUGCUACUGUCAUGUUCUUUCCUCUUACAGCGUUGCGAAGGAAUAUAUAUUUUUGGCUUGCAUGUGUUCUAUAAAAUAUAUUCCAAGAACAUUGGUUGUACACGCGUUGGCUAUCCUGCAUGAAUCCUAGUCUUUUGGGAGGGAGAAUGAAGGUCGCUCCUGUGUAGGGUGUUCCUUUUACUACUAUUCCCCCAUCUCGCGUUCCUAGUGUGUGUCAGCCCAUCUAGCAGGGUGGAUCAAUGCUGGAUUCUCUGCUUCAUACAAACUCCUAUCCGUUCUCUCGGCCCGCUACACUCGCUUGCCUCGUACCCGGGGGCGCAUCUAUCAGCAUAGAUAGCCCUGCGCUGGCUCCAAGCGGGCCUUGAAGUAGAUAUGCUGUAGUUUGGAAUACUGCGGUUUGGACGGUCGGGUUGGAAAUGCCGGUGGUGUAAAAAAAAGUCCAAUUAAUAUUUCCCUCGUCGCACUGUUCUCGGCGGCUGCCAAGCUCGGUGCUUAGCGGCCUGUACACACAAAAUGUCGACCAGAACGCCAUUGCCCACUGUGAAUGAGCGUGAUACAGAGAAUCACACUUCUGUGGAGGGCUACCAGGAGCCCCCGGGCCCGCCGGCUAAGUCGGGGAGUCGGCACAGCCUGCCGAGAUGUCGGAACUCUGUGGCGUCCACGACAGAGGAGCAGCCACACAUCGGGAACUACCGGUUGCUCAAGACCAUUGGCAAGGGGAACUUUGCCAAAGUCAAGCUGGCCCGGCAUAUACUCACAGGACGAGAGGUUGCCGUGAAGAUAAUAGACAAAACGCAGUUGAACCCCACUAGUCUACAGAAGUUUCGCAUCUUGCAUUCUAAGCAGCUCUUUCGUGAAGUCAGGAUCAUGAAGAUCUUGAAUCACCCCAAUAUUGUUAAAUUGUUUGAAGUCAUUGAGACUGAGAAGACACUUUAUUUGAUAAUGGAGUACGCCAGUGGUGGUGAGGUAUUUGACUACUUAGUUGCACAUGGAAGGAUGAAGGAAAAGGAGGCUCGGGCCAAGUUUCGCCAGAUUGUCUCUGCAGUGCAGUAUUGCCAUCAGAAGAGGAUCGUCCACCGGGAUCUCAAGGCUGAGAACCUACUCCUGGACGCAGACAUGAACAUCAAGAUUGCAGACUUCGGCUUUAGCAACGAGUUUACCCUGGGCAGUAAGCUGGACACGUUCUGCGGCUCCCCGCCCUACGCCGCCCCGGAGCUGUUCCAGGGGAAGAAGUAUGACGGGCCCGAGGUGGACGUCUGGAGCCUGGGGGUCAUACUGUACACGCUUGUCAGCGGUUCACUGCCCUUUGACGGACAGAAUCUGAAGGAGCUGAGAGAACGCGUGCUGAGAGGGAAGUAUCGUAUUCCUUUCUACAUGUCUACAGACUGUGAAAACCUGCUGAAGAAACUAUUGGUGCUCAACCCUGGCAAACGGAGCAGUCUGGAGCAAAUCAUGAGAGACCGCUGGAUGAACGUGGGCCAUGAGGAGGAGGAGCUGAAGCCCCAUCAGGAACCGGAACCGGACUGGAACGACACCAAACGGAUAGAACUGAUGAUAACCAUGGGCUUCCCAAAAGAGGACAUCACAGAUGCGUUAACGGGACAGAAGUACGACGAGACCAUGGCCACUUACCUCCUUUUGGGCAGGAAACCAGCCGAGUUUGAGGGGAGCGAGUCGCUGUCCAAUAGCAACCUGUGUCAAAGGUCACGGCCCAGCAGCGAGGCCAACAACAGUUCCAGCCAAUCGCCAGCCCACUCCAAGGUCACACGCAGCAUAUCGGCCAACCAGAAGCAGCGGCGCUUCAGUGACCAUGUGGCGCCCUCUAUCCCCCCAUCUAUGUCCUACACCAAGCGGACGCAGGCCAACAGCGUGGAGAGCGACAAGGGCGAUGCCGCCCACAAGCUUGGCACGGCCGGUUCCAAGGCCGACGUGCCCACCUCGCCGCUGGUGGCGCAGGAGAGGAAGAAGUCAUCCACCGCCUCAGGGAACAGUAACGCUAUGACCAGGAGGAACACGUAUGUGUGUGAGCGGUCGAGCACAGAUCACUACACGGCGAUUCCCAAUGGCAAGGACUGCAGUCUGACUGAGAUGUCAGGCUCGGCCAGUGGCUCCUCACCAUCGCCAGGGGCAACCUCAGCUGUCCCUUCCACUCGUCCGCGUCACGUCAAGUCCAUGUCGGCAUCGGGCCACCCAAUCAAGUCCCCACUGCCUCCCAUAGACGACAACGCGGAGUACAAGGGCCCCCCCACGGCCUCGCCGUCGGCACACAGCAUCAGCAGCAGCACGGCCGCCACGCCGCCCGACCGCACGCGCUUCCCCCGCGGCUCCUCUAGCCGCUCCACCUUCCACGGUGCCCAACUUCGCGACCGCCGCUCGGCCACCUACAACGGUCCACCCGCCUCUCCCACGCUCUCCCAUGACACGGGGGCUCUGUCCCAGGCGCGCAGGGGCACCUCCACAGGCAUCAUCAGCAAGAUCACCUCCAAGUUUGUCCGCAGAACUAUGUCUUUCAGGGCUGGCCGGAGGGCCACGGUUGAAGGAGAGGCCAGUGGCAGUACAGACCCCCCAAGGAGCGCAUCAGGGGAACCCAAGGAGGACGGUUCCCGGGACUCCAAACCCCGUUCACUGCGCUUCACCUGGAGCAUGAAGACCACCUCGUCCAUGGAGCCCGGCGACAUGAUGCGCGAGAUCCGGAAGGUCCUGGACGCAAACAACUGCGACUACGAGCAGCGCGAGCGCUUCAUGCUCUUCUGCGUGCACGGCGACGCCCGCCAGGACAGCCUGGUCCAAUGGGAGAUGGAGGUUUGCAAGCUGCCACGCCUCUCACUCAACGGUGUGCGCUUCAAGCGGAUCUCAGGCACGUCCAUCGCCUUCAAGAAUAUCGCGUCCAAAGUGGCUAACGAGCUCAAGCUGUGAAAAGUGACUUUUGGGAAGACUAAACAAACUAAAGAGAAUUAACAUAUGACAUUGUAAAUGGAGGGGGCAGAGGACAUAAUCCUGGUGUUCCUUGAGUUUGCGGGCGCCCCAAGUGUCGGGCCCAAGAGAGUUUACUGCUAUUCGAGGCUACUGCCGUAUUGCUUGGUUGAAACGACACAUAGAGAAAAUAUACUUCCAUUUUCCCUCCCCAAGGCAAACUCCUGUAUUCCAAAAUUGUUGUUAAUAACGAGAGGUGAGAACUGACCAUUGCAAUAAUAUGAAAACAUUUGUAUCAAUGGGCCGCAAAAUUUCAAUUCCAUUGCUAAACUACCAUUAAAGGGGGUUGGAAGAACAGACUGCAAAGCUACUUUUUCCACAUGUACAGUAAAAUAGAGAAUGUUUUGAGUUGUAUUGUUCAUAGAGUUGUAUAAAACAGGACUCUUCAGCAUAAUGUCUGCAGGUAUUGUAUAGUCUUGAGUUUCUGUACAGAAAGUGUGUUUAAAUGUGUCAUACUGUGUUUUUUUUUCUUUUCAUUUGGAGUUCUCUUUCCUUCUAUUGUUGACAUUUGUAGAUUGUUUGCCUCCACUGAAGUUUAAUGUUUAGGGAAAAGAAGAAAAAAAAAACAUUUUUUAUUCUCACAAGGAAAAGAAAAAACAAGCUUAUUUUUUACUUUUCACAGACAAUAGGUUCCUUUCCCAAUAAAGGAGGGAUCAAAUGGUGUGAUCUGUGUUGAAAAGCAAAACUCUACACAUCCCAAAGCCCUAAUCAAAUCAUUCCUCCUGUAAUGCACUAUUUUGGCCAUUCUCACAAUCCUCCUUCAAGUAGCGUAGCUGAAUGAUGACGUUAGCACUGCAGUUUAAAAUGUUCUGUUUAUUGCAUAGAAUUGACAUAAGGGAUCUUAUGUUGUGUCCUUUUAUUACCUUUGAGAACCCAAAUAUACAGCGUAGAUUGACAGGACCACACAUUUUUCAGUUGCACUCAAUUUACUCUGCCCAAAGGUUGAAAGGUUCACGCAAAGUGAUGCCCAAGCAGUUUGACCUCACUAGUGACUAUAUCUCUGUUUCUCAUACUCCUUUCUGAACUGCAGUUAAUUGAUAGCUACUGUGCGACACCUGUCUGACUUGUUUUGUGCUCAAUUUUAUUUUCUUGCUAAAAUAUAUUGUAUUUAUUCCACCACAUUAUGCCUUUUUAAUGUGCUGCUUGGUAUUUCUGAGGCAUUCACCUGUACGAGAAGAAAAAUAGUAUAGAACUAGUUUCACAUAUGUUUUUAUUUGAGGUUUUUCCCCUUUGUAAUUAGUGAUUGCGAUGAGUAUGUACAAUAACCACUAGUGCUGGUACGUUUCUACUCGUUAUUUUGUAUGAAAAGUAAUGAGGGUCAACUGUGCAAUGGUAUUCCAUGUUGUAUUACUGUAAAGAUGAGAGAUGGGCCUAUAGACCGCACCCUUUAACACAACAAAGAGAGUGGAAACAGAAUCCAGACAUUUUUAUUUCCUCAUUUCAAAAGGCACAAUAGAAGGAAAAAAGCAAAGGCGAGUGGUCAACAAAAAGAAAUCAAUGAAAACAAGGUUAAAAGCUGUGAGCCCUUCUGGAAGCUGAGCGAGACAUCUCCACCGCUGACUUUCUGUGGCAUUAUGGGAGCAGGGGGGGUUGGAGGGGGUACUGCACAUGGAAGAAAAAUGCAUAUUCCUAAUUGUUAACGGUACAACUUCCAGAGAGGAUGUCUAUUGUGUUGCCUUAGCAGAUCAAGUGUAGAGGAGAAGCAGCAAGUGUUAAAGAAAUAUAAACGAUUAUGCCUCGCCCCUUUCAUCUCCAUUAACCCCUCCCCCCACAUAAACCCCUCCUACCACAACAUACAUGCGAGGAAAGCUCGAGUCAUCCAGAUUCAGUCUCUCGUGCACAAUAUUAAAGCUUACUUGAAAGGAG